CCAGCAAUUUCUCCAUAGCCAGCCGUGCAUGAAAUUCCUGAUGCCUCCGUUUACCUGCGCGGCAUUACAGUUGUUAACUCCGUACCAUCGGCGUUCCACAAACCCCAUCGUGACAAGCCCGGAGUUAACAUAUGGUGCUAGGCCGGGUGUAAGGCCGGGUGUAACCACCGUGUUAAGCGUGAGAGAAUUGAAUACCAGGAGGCUUCAAGCAAUAAAAGAUGCCCAUUUUCCUGAGUUAUUUUCCCAUAUCACAGUAGCAUCCGUACAAACGCUUCAAGAUCUCGAAUCAGAACCUAAGUUCAGGCCUGUCAUCCCAGUAGCAUCCGUACAAACGCUUCAAGAUCUCGAAUCAGAACCUAAGUUCAGGCCUGUCAUCCCAGCCCGCAAACUGGUCUUAAAAGGCAUAGCGUCCAUCAACCGAUCCAUCAUGGCCCCUCUCAUUUACAACCGGGACACCAGGGCCAGCGAACUGGUGCCCCUCUACGCUCCUCAUAUCACCGGCAAGACCAUCCUCGUUACGGGAGUCUCGCCUGGGGGCCUUGGUGACUCUUUUGUCAAGCAGGUCGCAGUCGCCGAACCGGCCAUGUUCAUCCUCGCCGGCCGCUCACCCGACAAGUUCCGGGAGCUAGUCGCGGACCUUGCCACCGCACACCCCGAGAUCAAGGUCAAGUCACUGGCCCUCGACCUCGCGUCCUUUGCCAACGUCCGCGCCGCUGCCGAGACGGUCAAGUCCUGGGCCGAUGUGCCGCACAUCGACGUCCUCGUUAACAACGCAGGCAUCAUGGCCGUGCCGUACAAGCUCACCGAGGACGGCUUCGAGAGCCAGUUUCAAACGAACCACCUCGGCCACUUUCUCUUCACGAACCUCAUCAUGUCCAAGAUCCUGGCAUCGGCGUCGCCACGCAUUGUCAACGUCAGCAGCAUGGGCCACAGGCUGCACCACAUCCGCUGGACGGACUACAACUUCAACAAGGGGGAGCACUACGACAAGUGGAUGGCGUACGGACAGUCGAAGACGGCCAACAGCCUGUUCUCGAUCGCGCUCGCCGAGAGGCUGGGCUCUACUGCCAGCGGCCUGACGACCCUUAGCCUGUGCCCGGGAUACGUCGGCACGAACCUCGCCGCGCACGAGGCGCACGAUUUCCCCGGGUUCCUGGAGGACCUACGCAAGGCAGAAGUUCUGGCGGGGUCGAAGUGGAUGUGGGGGAUGCAAGGCGUCGAACCCAAGGAUUUUGACCAGGGCGUGUCGACGCACGUGUUUGCGGCGUUUGCGCCGGAGCUGAAGGAGAAGAACGGGGAGUUCCUGGCGAAUUGCCGAAUCGCGGACCCGUGGGAAGAGGAAGUCUUCCCGUGGGCAAAGAGUAAGGUCGAUGCGGAAAUGCUAUGGGCUUUGAGUGAGAAACUCGUCGGGCAGGAGUUCAGAUACCGAGAUGCUGGAGUCGGACAGGAUGGCACACGUGCGAGACGAGUAAGAAGUCAGUGCUGCAGUUGAGGUGCAUAAUGAUAGGAUUAUGUAGAUAUGAAGGGAAAAGCAUCUGAGCGUUACAUGACAACGUUUGAAGUUGAAUCAACGUCGCAAUGGGCAAAGUCGUUGAUGGAUCUGAAACUCAAGCUGAGAGGUGAGGUCGAGCCACAGAAGAGAGAAGUAUACCGGUAUUCCAGGGCUGCGUUGCCACAAACGGCGGACAUGUUUAGUGUACCAACCACUUGCACAGCCACACAACAGCGAGG